UCAUAGUCCCUCCCUGAACGUGCAUUGGCGCGCUGUGCAUCCUUCCGUCGGCUCCCCGGUCAUCUCUCCGUUAGCCUCGGCAAGACUGGCGAAAAUAUGGCGGGUAUGAGCGCGUCGGGCCCCGGCCCGGUUUCGAGUCUCGACCAGGUGGAUAAAGGAUUGAAGGAGACUCUGAUAGACGCGCUGAACGCCAUUCUGUCCCCGGUGCAAGAAGUGCGAGCGGCGGCGGAGGAGCGCAUUAAAGUGCUGGAAGUGACGGAGGAGUUUGGAGUUCACCUUGCAGAGCUCACAGUCGACCCACACGGAGCACUCGCUAUUCGCCAAUUGGCCUCUGUCAUAUUAAAGCAGUAUGUCGAGACCCACUGGUGCGCCCAGUCAGAAAAAUACAGGCCUCCAGAGACGACAGAAUGGGCCAAAGCUGCGAUCCGUGAGCUGUUGCCCAGUGGUUUGCGGGAGGCCAUCAGUAAGGUACGCUCCAGCGUGGCCUACGCCCUUUCGGCUAUUGCACACUGGGACUGGCCUGAAGCUUGGCCUGGGCUCUUCAAGCUCCUCAUGGACAUGCUGGCCAGUGGAGAUGUCAAUGCUGUACACGGCGCCAUGAGAGUCCUGACGGAAUUUACUCGAGAGGUGACCGAUGUGCAGAUGCCGGAUGUUGCUCCUGUCAUUUUGCCUCAGAUGUACAAGAUUUUUACCAUGGCAGAGGUUUAUAGUAUUCGCACUCGAUCCAGAGCAGUUGAGAUCUUUACAACAUGUGCCAAUCUCAUCUGUGCGAUUGAUGAAGUAGCAAAGGGUGCUGCCAACGCUCUGAUUUUCCCUGUAGUCCAGCAGUUUACAGAAGCCUUUAUACAGGCCCUGCAGAUCCCAGAUGGUCCAACUUCCGAUAGUGGCCUGAAGAUGGAAGUGCUAAAGGCAGUGACGGCAUUGGUGAAGAACUUCCCCAAACCCAUGGUGUCCUCAAUGCAACAGAUUCUUCCUAUUGUGUGGAACACGCUGACAGAGAGUGCCUCUUUUUAUGUGAGAACUGAGGUCAACUACACAGAAGAAGUGGAUGAUCCAGUUGACUCUGAUGGUGAGGUCCUUGGCUUUGAAAACCUCGUCUUCAGCAUCUUUGAGUUUGUCCACACACUCUUGGAGAACAAGAAGUUCAAGAGCACAGUGAAGAAAGCUUUACCGGAACUCAUCUAUUACAUCAUCCUCUACAUGCAGAUCACGGAGGAUCAGAUCAAGGUGUGGACGGCCAACCCACAGCAGUUUGUCGAGGAUGAGGAUGAUGACACGUUCUCCUAUUCGGUUCGGAUAUCAGCACAGGAUCUGUUGCUGGCUGUUGCUGCUGAAUUUCAGAACGAGAGUGCUGCAGCUUUAGCGGCAGCCGCAACACGACACCUUCAGGAGGCAGAGCAAGCCAAGAACACUGGCAGUGAACACUGGUGGAAGGUGCAUGAAGCUUGCAUGCUGGCGCUGGGAUCAGUCAAAACCAUCAUCACAGAGAAUGUAAAGAAUGGUCGUGUGCAGUUCGAUAUGCAUGGAUUUCUUGCCAAUGUCAUCCUCGCGGACCUCAAUUUACCUGCCUCUCCGUUCCUGCUGGGUCGGGCCUUAUGGGCAGCCAGUCGAUUCACUGCAGCGAUGUCUCCAGAGCUCAUUCAGCAGUUCCUGCAGGCCACCGUGAGCGGGUUACACGAAAGCCAGCCACCCUCUGUUCGCAUCUCUGCCGUCAGAGCUAUCUGGGGUUACUGUGAUCAGCUAAAGCUGUCAGAGAGCACUCACGUCCUCCAGCCAUUCCUGCCCAGUGUUUUGGAAGGCCUGGUUCAGCUGGCGGCUCAGUUCAGCUCUGAAGUGCUCACGUUAGUCAUGGAGACCCUCUGUAUUGUUUGCACUGUGGAUCCAGCUUUCACUACGAGUGCUGAGAACAAGAUUUGCCCGCUCACCAUUGCCAUCUUCCUCAAGUACAGUAAUGAUCCUGUCGUAGCAUCUUUAGCGCAGGACAUCUUUAAGGAGCUUGCCCAGAUUGAAGCCUGCCAAGGACCCAUGCAAAUGCGCCUCAUUCCUACUCUCGUUAGCAUUAUGCAAGCGCCGCCUGAUAAAAUCCCUUCAGGACUUUGUGCUACUUCCAUAGAUAUCUUAACUACAGUUGUUCGCAACACUAAACCUCCGCUCUCCGACAUGUUGGUGUGCCAAGCUUUUCCAGCAGUGGCUCAAUGUACCCUCCGCACAGAUGACAACACCACAAUGCAGAAUGGCGGUGAGUGCUUGCGGGCCUAUGUGUCUGUGGCGCUGGAGCAGAUCGCCCGAUGGCAGGAUGAGCAAGGUCACAGUGGGCUGUGGUAUGUCAUGCAGGUUGUCAGUCAGCUCCUGGACCCCCGCACAUCUGAGUUCACCGCUGCUUUUGUGGGUCGUUUGGUGUCCACUCUUAUUACCCGAGCUGGCACUCAGUUGGCUGACCAGCUGGACCAAAUACUGCGUGCUAUUCUCAGCAAGAUGCAGCAGGCUGAGACACUCAGUGUGAUGCAGUCCCUGAUUAUGGUUUUCGCCCACCUGGUCCAUUCCCAGUUGGAGCCCCUGCUGGAAUUCCUAUGCAGUCUUCCAGGUCCCACAGGGAAACCGGCCCUGGAGUUUGUCAUGGCUGAGUGGAUGAGUCGCCAGCAUCUGUUCUACGGCCAGUAUGAAGGCAAAGUCAGUGCUGUCGCCUUGUGUAAACUUCUCCAGCACGGUCUGAAUACAAAUGACAAGCGCCUCCAAGAUAUAGUCGUCAAAGGAGAUGAAAUUUUUAAUCCAGACGAGGGAAUUUGCACACGUUCCAAAUCAGCCAAGAAUCCUCAGCGGUGGACCAACAUUCCUUUGCUGGUCAAGAUCUUUAAACUUAUCGUCAACGAACUCUCUUCUGUGGUAGAGGCUAAUGCAAACAGAGCAAAUCCUGCAGACUGGAGCCAAGACUCUGGUGGAAUGUGGGAUGAUCUGGCGGAAGAAGAGGAUGAGGAAGAGGAAGAUGAAGGACUAGCCGGACAGCUUCUGUCUGAUCUUAUUGCUUCCAACAAAUAUGAUGAUGAUUAUUAUGAGGAUGAUGAUGAUGAAGAUCCAGAUGCUCUGAAGGAUCCGAUAUUUCAAAUUGACCUUCAGGCUUAUCUGACAGAUUUCCUGACCCAGUUUGCUCAGCAGCCUUGCUAUAGCAUGUUUUCCAGCCACUUAAAUGAGGUCGAGAGAAGAGUCUUGCAGUCCAUAGGUAUUUGAGCUGUAUCCCAAAUUCCAACAUCGGCUCCUUGUCCUUUGUUUCCGUCUUUACCACUCAGUCAUCUUUUUUUUUUUUCAAACUUGAACAUUUGAGUGGCAUUUCGGACGACGCUCUCGACCCACAAGCCAAAAGAGGACUAAAGUAAAGGUUUACGUGUCUCUCCCUGUGUUUUAUUAAGGGAAGGGAUGGACAUUGAGUCUUUGGGAUGUUAUAAGAGCAGGGUGUGAUGUGCUUUUUUUUGCAUCCCAGACCUGACCGAAUGGGUACAUUUGAAUCGGAGUUCAAAACACUACUGUGCUUUGAUUGACCCGUCUGGUAUGAUGAAUGAAUUUUUCUGCAAUGGGACUGGAAAUGGUAUAGGAACGAUUUAAAAGUAUGAACUGUCCAUUUAUACCUUCUCGCUUUAUUAAGUCACAAUGGUUACAUAAUCUUUCUGUAGAGGAAGGUAAAAAGACUUAUGAUGACAGAUGAUGAAUCUGAACUUUGAAAAGAAGUUGGAACUGUUGGCGGCCUUAUUAAAAUUAUCCAUGUUGUUUGUCAUUAUGUGGUCUCACGAGCAUGAUCUUUAUAGCUGCACUGUGUUGGGUAAGCAUGAAGAAUCAUAGUGUUAUCGUGGUGAUUCUAGACUUAUUAACACUGUAGUAUGAGAACACUUUCCAAAUAAAAGGCCUGGUAAGGUCUCAUUUGUAAUUGUAUCUAGUUUUUGGAAAACUUAAGACAUCUGUAUGACAGUAUUUUUACUGUAAAAUGAUAAAAAUGUUAGUAACUGCCCUUAGAAUUAAUAUACAAUUUACAACUACUACCUUCAAAUUAUGAUAAUUGUACUUAGUGACUGUAGAAACGUGUUAGAUUACACAUUUUAGGUAAUAUAAGCAAUUAAUUUUGACCUUAUUUAUCAUAUGGAUUUGAAUAGAGUUAUAGAUAUUAUAGAUAGAUAUUUUUUCCUGUUAAUAAUAUUUCUAAAGGAGCUGUUGACAAGGAAUUAAACCUGAUUUUGGUAAAAACCCAAACAAUACAAACACAAAAAUAAAACAAAACAACUAUUAAAAACGUUGGACUCAAGCACCUAAUAUGAAUUUACAAUGAUAAAGGGCAGAGUUGCUGAAGAACUACUGUAUGAUUUCAGCUGCUGUCUGGGCUUUUUAUGCAUUUCUACACCUCACUUUCUUCAUGUGUUCAAUACUUUUUCUCAGUGUCAUUUCCUUUUAUUAGGAAUAACUUAAUUUGUAAACUAAUUAGAUUUGUUUUCUUUGCAUAUAUGGAUUUCUUUGGUUGUUACCAAUAUCUGGGAAAAAUUUCAAGUCAAUAGCACCUUUAGAAAUAUGUUUUGUGAGAAAAAUGGUGGCGUGUUCAAUACUAAUUUUCUCCACUGUACACUAUAUUGGAUAAACAAAAAAUAGAAAAAGGAACAUUAAAUCCGUUUUUUAUCAAGAUGAAGUGUAUUAAACCUUGCAUUACAUUGGUAUUUCCCAAACGUGUUUGUAAGUUGAUGAAAAAAGUUCAAUUAUUACAAUGUAAAAUUAAAAUAAGGAUAUCUUUUUUUUUAUUUUAUUUUUUUUACCUCAAUGUUGUAUGGUCAUCAGAAAACUUUGAAUAUGCAAAUAUGUUGAACUUCAGGCAACUGAAAUUCCAGGUGUACCUUAAGUAUAUAUUUCAGAUGCAAUGGGUUUAGCCCAACAGCAGCAAAGAAUCCAUGCAUUGCUUGAACAAACGUUAAUAAACAUGAAUAUGAAAUUA